AUGUCGGCUCUCCUGGGCUACAUCUUCUCCUUCUUGAAGGGUUAUGCCGCCCUCGUCGUCGCCCUCUACAUGCUGUCCUUCGUCGUUCCCAAGGCCGCCUUCGGCGCCCGCGUCCUCGCUUCCUACAUCUCCCUCGUCGUAGCGGCGCUCUACGGCGUCUUCGCCUCCAUCUUCCUGCGCAUCGUUGGCAACCCGGGCAUCGCGCAAUGGACCACCGCCAGAGCCUUCCACUACCUCAUGGCCCUCACCACCGGAGUGACCUUCGAGCUCGACGACCCUAAGGACAUUCUCGGCAACACGCGGCCUGCCGUCUUCGUCGGCAACCACCAGACCGAGCUCGAUGUUCUCAUGCUGGGCGCCAUGUUCCCUAAGUACUGCAGCGUCACCGCCAAGGCCUCCCUCAAGAAGACUCCCAUCCUGGGCUGGUUCAUGACCCUCAGUGGCUCCAUCUUCAUCGACCGCAAGAACACAAAGGACGCGAGGGAAGCCAUGUCUGGCGCGGCCGACGAGAUCCGCAAGAGGAAGCAGAGCGUAUACAUGUUCCCGGAGGGCACCCGAAGCUACGCAAAGGAUCCCGUCCUGCUGCCCUUCAAGAAGGGCGCGUUCCAUCUGGCUGUUCAGGCCGGCGUGCCCAUCGUCCCCGUCGUUGCUGCGAACUAUAGCCACGUUCUCUGGCUCAAGGGCCUCGUCUUCAACUCUGGAAAGAUCCCUGUCAAGGUCCUGGACCCGAUCUCCACCACCGGCCUGACCUCCGCGGACGUCGACGAGCUCACCCGCAAGACCCAGGAGCUGAUGACGCAGGAGUACAUUAGCCUCUCGGAGAAGGCUCAGGGCAGGCCCAUGAAGGUGGCCAUCGCCGGUGACGUUGCGUCCGCAAAGGCAACCGGCGCCGACGCCACGGAUACCGUCUCGGCAUUGUGA